AUGGCAUCUAAUUAUAAUACGACAGAUGGAAGUCAAAUGAAAGUGCAUAAGACUGGGGAAUACAGCACGAAAAAGUUCAGUACAUCAUCAGGAAUAGCUUGUGCUGUACAAACAGUAGGCGAUGCCAUUGAACCUUUUGUUCCAUUAUUCAGCAUGGUUACAACAAUUGUUCACCAAUUAUCAACAAUCUAUGAAAAUGCCAAAUGCAAUCAAAAAAUUUGUUUAGCAUUGGUUGAACGUGUCGAAAUCGCACAAUUCGCUGUGAAAUCUUUACAAAGACAAAAACAAGCCAAUGAAGAAAGAUUUCGAAAUCAAAGUUAUUAUAAUGCAUGGGUUAGAUUUGUUAAUGUCUUAGAAAACAUCAAGAAAUUUGCUAAAGAAAUUACGCAACUUUCGUACUUUCAAAAAUUUAUAAAUGCUAAUGCAAUUAAAGAUGCAUUUGAAAAGAAUAUAAAAGAAUUUGAAGAAGUAUGUAGUGAUCUUCAUUUUACUAUAGCUAUGUAUGAUGUUGAACGAAGAGAACAAGAAGCUAAAAAUGUAGCUGAAGAUAUUGAUCUUUUGAACAAGUCUGUGGAUGAGGUAAAAUCUGACCUUAAAGUAGUUAUGAAUGAAGUUGCAGCAUUAGCAUCAAGCAUGGAGCAUUUGAACGCACAAACCAGCAGAUCAUCGGGUAGACAUACUGCGUCAAAAACACCUUUAAAAGAGGUAUACGAAGCACCUAAGGUAGAUCCGAAUGAAUUAUCGGAUCCAUUUGCAUCAAAUGAUAAUGUUCGUGGUAGUAGAAAAACCGUUAUUAAAAAAAUGUUUCGAGGACAAGAAGUUGCUUGUAAAAAAGUUCCAAAUAUCGAAAAUAACGACACAGCACAAUCUCAAAAAGUUCAAGGAUUAUCUGCAGAAGUUAAAAACUUGUUAGAUAUCGUAAGGUGGUUAGCUCCAGAAAAAAUGCGUGUAACAGGAGAACAUGUCAUGGCUAAAAAACGUGAAAAUCUUCAAAUCGAACUUUGCCCAUCAAAAAUUCCUAGUGAACUUGCAAAAAUCAUUAAAAAAG